AUGCCUCCUGCCACCCCUGCCAAUGACGAGUCGCACCAGCUACUUCUCAACCAGCUGGAUAUCGCCCAUGUCCACAAGCCAUAUCGAAACUCCCACUGGAGACCAUCCCAGCGUCGCAACCGCAACCUGAAGCAGAUUAUCUCUGAGAGUACUCGCAAAGAAGCCUCUGUGAUGGCCACCCAGGCCAACUCCGGUGCCACCACCCCCUUCCCCGGCACAUCAGGAACUACGACCGAUGAAGCGCAAACACCAGCAGAAGGCACUGGCAAAGCUCCAAAUCUAGCGCAAGCUGCUCAGAGUCUCUCUACGCUGGUAUUGGAAAAGAACGCCCGUGCGAAUCUCCCGACCGGCCCUGCAGUUACCUACACAAAUAUCGAGUCGGCACCAUCACUCAGCGCAGCUCAUCAGCGACACUACUGUGAUAUCACGGGCUUGUCUGGUCCAUACACCGACCCUAAGACUCGCCUUCGAUACCAUGAUAAGGAAAUUUUCUCGGUCAUUCGCACUCUCUCUCAGGGUGUGCCAGAGAUCUAUCUCGAAGCUCGUGGUGCGCACACCAUCUUGAAAUAA